AUGAUGUGGCCCAAGCGUCGAUUAUCUAUCCAACUUCUUGAACCUAUACUGUUCUUGGGCGCCAAUCAGGAAGCAGCUCCUGUCCUCCGCGGCAAUGUUAUUGUCCACUCCCACCGUAGCUGCACCCUUAAAAAGUUGUCGUUGCGUUUUGAUGGACAACUGACGACCCAAUCUGUUGAGAAUAUCAACGAUAUUCGAUUAAAAAAGGAUUGCCAGAAAUCGGUGGCGCAACAAGAUUUAGUGCUGCAUCCUUCGUCGGCUCGCAGCGCGGCGCCCUUGUUGUUGCAUGUGGGCACCACUUGUUUUGCCUUUGAAAUGCAGUUACCCGAAGGUCUUCCGGAAUCCAUCGAUUGUCAACAAGCCAAAGUCCGUUACAACCUCACCGCGUCCAUGACUUACCGUUCCACAUCGAGUUUAUCCGACACUAGCGAAGAUUGCACGCAAGCCGUUCAGUUGGCCCGACUUCCCUUUGAAGGGUCGCUGACGGGUGACAAUUACUCCGACACCAUCGAUUCCAGAAAACACUAUGCUUCUUGCUGUCAAUACCACGUCAUUAUCGACAGCAAGGCCGUCGCCCUCGGGGACAAUUUACCCAUCAGUAUCCGAAUUGCGCCAAUUGUGCAAAACAUGCGUAUCAAGAACGUUUAUUUACAACUAUUGGAACGUCGACAAGUGCUUAACCGCGAAGAAGUCAUGAAGACCAGCCAGUCAUGCCAUCUUCUCCACCCUUCCAAGGACGCUUCCUCGAUCGCUUCGUCACCAUUACCGACCGACGACCUCGAUAAGCCAUGGCAAGCCACCAUGUACUACAAAAUCCCCAGAGACGCUGAUGGCUUGGUCCAUUCCACUUCGACGUAUCCCGAGUUCUCCGUCAGCCAUUUACUGUUCGUGUCCAUGCUCGUCAGUUUCCCGGCCUUGACCCAGAACAACAACAUUCGUCGUGUCCAGCAUACUAUCACGUUUCAGACCCCCAUCGAUUUGUUGAGUCGAAAUAUUGGUCAACUUGGCGACAAGGACUAUGUCAAACUGCCGCUGUAUGGAGAUUGCAAGUCAGCCGGAGAAAGAAUUGACAUGUUCGAUAACAGUAUUCAUGCCGACCAUCCUCCCGCAUACGAUGAUGUGGUCAUGACAGCAUAA